GAACAAGCACAGCAAGACUGAAGAGCAAGCACAGUAAAUCCACCACUGAUCUCGAACUUACACCCUGCACCCUGCACGAGUAGGUAAUGUUCUAGGGCACGUUUUCUGGUCCGAAGAUUCACCACUAACAUUUUCGUGCACUUCAGUCCGGUGGACCUACCCGAAGAACUGAACCUCACAGGUGGAAAGUAACCGACAGCAACAGCCGCAACGAGAGGAGUCUACGUACUGACCUUCUCCGCUGAAGCACCCUACUUGUAGCCCAGAAGGCGCUAUCUUCGCGUGGAGAGCCGAACCCACUCCGAUGGUGAAGCCCUCGUCAGCGCCGCGAGAUCUCGACUUGGCCGGCCCGGCGGCGGCGGCGUCUCGCUCGGAUCUAACCUUUCGAAGACGCAACAAGGACAACAGCAACGCGGGCAGCGUAGUAGAGCCCUCGCCGGCGCCUCGAGGCCUCGAUUCGACGGGCGCGGCGUCUCGCCCGGAACCCUCCCGUAGACGAAAAGACAAGGGUGACAGCAGCAGCAGCAACACCGUCCCCACGCAGCGCCCCAGAACGCAAGCAGCAACGGACGCGACUUCGGGCUCCGCUGCUCCUGUUGUCGCCGGCAACAACAGCAAACUUCGGAGCCCGCUGGAGCGCUACCUACUGCUGUCCGUCAUGCUGGUGGCGGCGGGCCUGGGCGUCCGGUUCCUGUGGCGGCAGCUCGCCGGCCUGGUCGGCGCGGGGCUCAUCCUCUCCGCCGCCCGCCGCUGGAGCGGCGCCCCUGCUGUAAGAAAGCCUCCUUCCAAUGCUCCUCCUUCCGCCGCCGCUCUUGGUGCUCCCGUCAGCGGUGGCGACCAGACGAUCGAGGCGGCGGCAUCAUCCGCCGCAGCCUGUGAAACGGCUGGGGAUAGGGAGGGCGCCGCCGCCGCCGCCGGAGGCGAGGAGACGGGAAGAAGGGAAGGGGGUGGUGGUGGGGAUGGAGUAGGGACGUGUUUCGCCGACGCUCCCGCGGAGUUGCGGCGGUUCUGGGAGGAUGGGGGCCCCGGGUGUCAGUUCCUCGUCAGGGGACCCAAGUACAUAUCGGACAGGAAAAAGGUGAGAUUCAUCUGUACAUGCGGUGGUGAGUCUAUCUGCCAGAUUCCCGCGGGUCCUGCGGCAAUGCGUCUGGUUCACGUAGACUUCUUCUCGGUGGAGGGGGAAGUGUUCCACGUGGCUUCGAAGGGCAGGUGCCGAGAUCGCGUGUCCGCCUUCCUGAAGAGCUACGAGGACAAGGGCGAGGCCGCCCCGUUCCUCUUCAUCCUCAACAUCUUGGUGCCCGGCAACCCCGUCGUGGCCACUGUAAUGUACUUGGCCCUGGAUCAGACUACUCAGCAGAGGGAAGGGGUUGAUCUCGGCGAGGAGGGGGUUUCUUCCCCUGUACCCGCGGGCGGCAGCGAUAGCGCUCGCCGCAACACGUUUCUUGCGAUGCUUGCGAGGUACGCUGAGGUGCCCGGGUCGGGCUACAAGAAGCUCGAACGCACUCGUUCUCCUUCCUCCCCUUCUCCCCCUCCUUGUAUUUCUAUUUCUUCCUCCUCUUCCUCGUCCCUUGCUCCGACGGCGGCGAGAACCAGCGUUUCCUCCUCCUCUUCCCCCUCCCCGACCCCGUUGUCCUCCUCCGCACCCCCACCAACCCGGUCGCCUCCCUCACGAGAAGAAGAGCGACAGCCGCGGCACGAGGAAAAUGCUUCUGCUUCUUCUUCCCCCCUUCCCCUUGCCGGGGUGGCCGGGUUUGACGGGGGAAACGGACCGCCGGCGGCCGUGAGAGCUGCGGAUGCUGGCGCGGAGGCGUUGUCGACAGGGGCGGUGUCGCGCGGAGGGAGCCUGGGCGGGGCGCCCGCGGAUCGCAACAGCGACCCCGCGGGGCUGUUGCCCAUGGAUGACUUCCGGAACCAGCGGUUCAAGCUGAUCCCGAGCGUGGUCUCCGGGCCGUUUAUCGUCCGCAAGGCCGUGGGAAACAAACCCGCACUGCUGGGGCGCAAGGUCAGCCAGAGGUACUUCCGGGGGGCCGGCUACGUGGAGACGGACGUUGACGUUGGGAGCUCGAUGAUCGCCGAGAAGAUAGUGUCGCUGUGCAGGGGUUACGCGAAAGCUCUCACGGUGGAGCUCGGGAUUUGCCUGGAAGGAAGGUGCGUCGAGGAGCUCCCCGAGACAGUAAUGGGCGUGAUUCGCCUGGUCAACGUCGACAUCGACAUGGCCGAACCGCUUCACCGGAGUCCCUCGUCACCUAGGGGGAGGGGAAGGGGGCGAUAGGAAAAUAGCGCACGUGCACGCGGACCGUCGAUCAGCAGAUUGAAACCGGUGGUACGCACGGGUUGUUUUGCGCUGGGUCGUUCAGUUUCAGCAAGCAACAGCUAUGUGUCCGGAUCUUAGGGUUACCACUCGGUUUGUCGGGAUCGAGAUUGCCAUGGCUGGACCCUACGCGUACCGUCUCUCUCUCUGUCUCUCGGACCAAUCGGUUUGCCGCAAUCGAGGUUGAUAAGGCCGGGUCCUACGCGCGCUGUCCCUCUCUCUCGGACCAAUCGGUUUGUCGGGAUCGAGACUGAAACGCUGGCCGGUCGCACUGUGUCGACGUUGUGUAGCGUGGAGCAGCAGCUAGGAGUGUUCGCCAGAGAGCGGCAAGCGUUUCCCCAGCUCCGCCCGUUUCUCCGCCCGGUGAAUGGUGUAUGUACUACAUGCUACAUAGACAAGAGUCUUUUGUUCCCUCUUUCGGUGUGCUUGUUGUUGGCUUUGGUGUUGUGUGGUGUGCAUUAUCGGCGCUUGGUUGAGAGUGCGGCAGUGCAGGACGUGGGUGGGUAACGUCCGUUGACUGUCGACGACGGCUUCGACAACAACGAAAGGUGCGAGUGUGUGUGUGCAAGGCAUGAUCAAUAGUUGGGCCCACCGCCAGGUUGUUGCGGUUUACGCUUGUGACGGCCCGUGGCGCUAGUCAUGGGGCGGGUUGUUCGUUUGUGCGUGCUCUUGAUGGCUGUUAAACGACUUGAACGUUCGCGGGCUUUUCAGUGUGUUUCUGUUGCGGUUGCGUCGGGCGGCUGUGGCCUUGAUUGCCGCAUGCGUUGUUCUGUCUUUCGUUCGAUCCUUGCCUGACUAGAAGAACCACUGCCGCUUCUAGCCCAUUUACCCGCCCGCCGUUGUUGCUGGGGUGUGGGGAUGGCUGUAGCGCCAGUCAUCGCUCCGUUUUUUGUUGUGUGUGUUCUCUCUUGCAUGCUAAGCUACAGCAGAGCAGCAAGACCCGUUGUUUUUUCCGAUUAUUAGUGGGUACAGCAAAACUUUGUGAUGUUUUGUUACAAUGGCGAUGUACGAUCGAGGUCGUUCGGUCCAUGCCAAGGGGCACUAGAGCUGCAGUUUUCCUGUUUUUCUUCCGUCCCGCCCCCCUGGUGUUU